GAAUACGGCCUUCCACUUAACGCUCCAGACGAUAUCAAUGUGGCAAAUGAGCCCCUUCACGCUCCCUGUGGCUUUCCUGGCUCUUUCUACCAUCCGAGCCAUCGAUUGUCUCCGGAGUUCCGACACGGUGGAUCAUUUGCAGAUAUUAGCGCGUCAUGGUGAAAGAAAUCCGCUGUUUCCAGUGCCCGAGCUCGGAGAAUUUCAGAUUGGGGGUCUUACGCCGAGAGGAUACGAACUGGAAAAAGAGUUCGGAAAACGGCUCCUCCUGUGGUACCCGGAAUUAUUCGCUGCUUCGCCCACCAUAACCUGUAUAUCGGCCAAUCAAUCGCGCUGUGUCGAUUCUGCGGAGGCAAUCGUUGAGGGACUGGGCUUCAAGGAGUACAACACCGAAGUUCUGUACAUGCUCGACUUCGUUGACCUCGACGUCACGCUCAUACGUCCGUUUUUGAUGGAAGCGAAUGAAAUUUUACUGCCGGCGUGUGUGCAAGAAGCUGUGAGUGCCGUUAUCGCACCAACUAAGGAGAACAGCCCACCCAGCCUUUCGGCCUUGGCUGAAGGGCUCUUCAAAGCCCAGAUAGCGGACUCGAUCGAUACUCUGCUUCAAUCCGGAUACACGGGCACUGUCUUCGGUGUGAAUCUUGGGAAGUGCAUUCCUUCUGGGAAAAAACUCGUAAGCGAAAAAGCGUUCGCCAAACUAGCCGACAUCUGCGCUUCGAGUCAGUGCACCGAUGUAGUCCGGAAGGUCAAGGACGAACUCCAGGAAUUUUCCGUACAGAAUCUUCCACCAAGAUCCGUGACGAGAAGUGUGAGCGUUUAUGGACUCUCAGACAACCACGUGCUCGAUCUCCUAAAAUCCCUCCUGCCGCAGUUCAAUCACACGCGACCGCAAUUCGGAGGAUACAUCUUGCUCGAGAGCCGAGGUGACGAUGUCACGAUUUUGACCGGACAGGACGUUUUCAGUCUGCCAGAGGAACGAGCCGUCCUCAAUGUGCAUGAGGUUAUUCAGCUCUUACGUCGACGAAUACUUACCGCAGAGAGAACUUUCGCGAACGGAAAUCAGAGUCGAUAAUAGUCGACCAAAUGAGCCGGCCCGCACCCCGAGACGAGGAGAGAAACGAUAACGGGAGCUUGAACAUUCAAUUCGCGACUAAAGAUCCGACCCGCUUCGCAAGAGCGAACAGAAACUAGCUCAGUGAGGCGAUGCUUGUUGUGACGGUGGAUUACGCGAUGUUUUAUUCGCGGAACCACCGGGUUUUGGCGCCAAUGAGGAAAGGUGAUUCAACUUCUCAUUGUGAUAUUCCAACAGAAAACUUUCUCAACCGCUCCGCUCGCAGCCGACGAAGCAAGAUCUCGUACGCUGCCAUCUGUAAUCCAUUUCAAGAAGCGUGCUUAUGAAGUAAAAACGGAAAUGUUUCAUCAUGUACAAUGUUUCCGGCAAGUCUGAU